AUGCUCUGCGAUCUCUGUAGCCGGGAUAAGCCGGUCAUAAAAAGACCAAAAAAUGGCACUAUGGUGUGUAAAUCCUGCUUUUUCGCCUUAUUCGAAGCAGAAGUGCACGAAACGAUUGUUCAAAACGAAUUCUUCUUCAGGGGAGAAAAAGUGUUAGUUGCCGUGAGCGGUGGCAAGGACAGCACCGUCCUGGCAUACGUUAUGAGUCUUCUGAAUGAUCGACACGACUACGGCAUCAAUCUGCACUUGGUGUGUGUUGAUGAGGGAAUAAAGGGAUACAGGGACCACUCAUUGGAAACUGUCAAGCAAAACAAAGAGGAUUACAACCUUGAACUUGAAAUAGUGUCCUUCAAAGAACUGUUCAAUCUCACGAUGGACGAGGUUAUGCAGAAGAAACGGAUGGGUAGUUGCACGUACUGUGGCGUGUUUCGGCGGCAAGCGCUUGAGGAGGGCGCACGGCGUAUCGGAGCAACCAAAAUUAUUACGGGACACAAUGCGGACGACAUGGCAGAGACGGUGAUACUGAACCUGUUGAGAGGCGAUUUCAACAGGCUGAAACGAUGCACAGCCGCAAAAACGAAGAGAAAUGUGAGUAGCGAGGUGUGCAUAGAAGACAUGGGGAAGGGAUGCGGCUGCAGCAACGAACAGAAUGUAGGUAGCACAUCGCUGGUGCGCGUAAAGCCAUUCAAAUACAUCUACGAGAAAGAAAUCGUUUUUUACGCAUACUUAAAGAACCUCAAGUAUUUUUCCACGGAGUGUAUUUACUCCCCGGGCGCACAUCGGGAGUAUGCACGUAUGUUUUUGCGAAGCCUGGAUCCAGAAUUGAUUAUGAACGUUAUCAAGAGCGGAGAGUUUUUAGAGCGUUCCGAUACGAAUUCAAGGGUGUGGAACUGUGUUCUGUGCGGAAAAAUGACAUCUUCAGCUGCGAAAAAGUGCAAGGCGUGCGUACUGCUGAACUCAUUGCAAAAUAUGCUGAAUUAGAUGAAAUUAAAAACGAACGGUGCCAUAUUAAAACAGCGUUUAAUACACAGGAUUAGAAACUUGCGCCUAUCACAUGCUCAUAAAUCGUUUGACUCGUCUUCUAUGCUCAAUUCUCCCAUCGCUCGGUGGCAUUUAUUUUCCACCUUAUCUCGUCGCUGAUGUGUCCCCUUUCUCACCAAGGUCCGGAACUGCACAAUUGCGUUUUUCACUUCUAACGCUAGAUCAAUUCAAUAAAUCCGAGGCACCAUGAACAUCACUGGAAACAUGGUUUACGACCACUGUAUCAGACAUUUCUUCUUAUGUGUGAGUAAAUUAUGUAUUGCUCACUUGUCCGAGUUGCUUCCACAAUCUUGC